AUGCCGCAACGCCGUGCCAGCGUCGGCGUAGACGCGGCAGACUCGCCCGCUGCUGGCGGAUCUGCAGCAGGCGCAGGCCGGAGCGGAAGCACGACAACAACGAGGGGUUCGGCCGUGCGCGGCAGUCGCGGUCGAGGGCGGGGCAAGGCGCGCAGAGGAUCCAACGGGCCUGUCGUACAGUCUGUCGCCGGGGACGGGUCGGACAGAGACGAGCUGAGCGAGGGCGACGAAGGCUUGUCGCCCUCCGCGACGCCGACGGGCGGUGCAGACCGUUCGUCUCGCCUCGUCUCGCCUGAACUGGGCAUGCCGCCGCCCGAAAACGCGACCACGAAGACGUUGCAGCCACGGUCGUCGUCGCUGUCGGCACUUUCGAGCCACUCGUCCUCGCCAGUUGCCGAUUUCGCUCCCGCAUCUUCUUCCGCAGCCCGACACCAGACUCCCUCAUCCCAUUCCGCCGAAGAACUCGAUACGACGCUCGAUUCGCCAGCUUCGACUGCGACUGCACGGCCAGCAGCGAACGGCGCGGCAACGCUGAACGGAAAGGACUUUAGCCCCGAGACGAAGGCUUCUUCGUUCGACCCAGCUCGCGAGGACUCUCUUUCCGAACUCGAGCGGUCUGCAGACGAAGCAGCAGGACAUGGAGACGAUGGCGGCGAGUCGUCGGAAGACGAGCCUCUCGCCUCGCGCUCGGCUACCUCGACUCCCGCUCCCUCAAACCUCGCUUCGCCCUCUCAAUCGCCCGCACCAAAACGUCGCGGCCGCCCACCCGGCUCGAAGAACAAGCAGUACCGGAUGCCUCUCCCGCGCUCGCAGCGAGCGACUCUCAAAGCUGCCGCCAGCUUUACGGAAGACGACGAGCGACGGUCGCCUGAGCCUUCGACUUCGAACGGCGGUGGCAGCGGGAGCUCGACGCCUGCGCCUGCGAGGGCGACUAGAGCGAAUGUUACACUCCCUCCGGGGUAUAUAUGGGGUGUUACGAGCAACCGGUGGCCGAAGAAGAGGGAGAAGGACGACGAGGCGGGCGCGAUGUUGACUCCUACGCCGGCCGAGAGCAGGGCUAGCUCGGCUUCCGCUGAUGUGAACGGGAUGGUGGAGCAGGAUGGAGCGGACGAAGAGGAGGAGGAAGCCAAGCCGCUUGCCACAGCGGAGGAGAAGCGCCAGGAGCGCGCAAGCGCGGACGCUGAGGAGGAUGUGCCGAUGAAGGAGGAGACGGCGGAGCCGGUCGUGAGCGUGGCGAUGUCGCGCGAGACGAGCCUUGAUGAGGGAUCUGUGACGCCGGCGCGGACGCCGAAAGGCAAGGGGAAGGGCAAGGGCAAGGGGAAGAGGGGAAAGAAGGAACUUCCAGAACCUGUCGAGCGAGCGAAACGACGGAAACUCGACACGCUCGAUAAGCAAGCGGCCGAGCGACACGCCGCGCGCGAGUCGGCGCGGCUCAGGUUCCUCGACCAACUCGACGACGAGCUGCGCAUGGUCGAGGAACGGACGCAUCCGCUGCUCGAGUUGACGUACAACCGGCUACGGGAGGAGAAGGCGCAGAAGCUUGAGCAGUUGAAGCGGUAUCAUGAGGAGCGGGAGAUGGAGCUUGGGAGGCUGAUGGACGCAAGGCUGACGGCUUCUUGGCGACAGUGGGCGGAUCGGAAGGACCGCUCGAGAAUGGAUCUCUACCUCGAGAACCAUUCGUCGCUCAAGAGCCUCGUCGCUGAGGAGCGUAUCUACCCUUUCUUCCGAGAUCACCCGCUCUUCAUCAACCAGCACGACCUCCCUCCGACCGGCUACUACCGCGGACCGCAGCGCGAUCCCGCCUUCGUCCCUCGUGAGAUUCUCCAUGCCGGCCACUACGUCGAGCCGCCUCCUCACAACCCGGCGCUCGGCCACAAUGCUUGGAAGCUUUCGGCGGAGGAGAUUGAGGCGGACCUCGCGCUCUUCCACGAGAUUGAGGACGAACCGCCUUUCCCGCACUCGGCCUCGCUCCAGCCGCCUGCGCCCGUCGGCAUGUACCCCUUCCCGCCGCCGCCGUACUACUACGAUGCCGGCGCACCUCUCGCCCCUCCCGCACCGCCGCUCGCCAACCCUUACAUGACCGCGCCAGGAUAUCCGCCGAUGGGCGCGAUGCCGCCUCCUCCACUUAUGGCGCCUUACCCUCCCUUCUAUCCCGGUCCUCCGCCGCCCAUGCAUCGUUCCCACCCACUCGUCUCGCCCGACGAGAAGCUUGCUGCGACUCCAGCGGCGCAUCCGUCGCAACCUCCGCCUCAUCCAUCUUUCCCCGCCUUCGGUCACCAGCCUGCCGGGCCGCCCAGAGAAGCAGUCCCAGCUUCGUUCGCUCAGCCUUCGCCGCCGGUCAAGAUCAACAAGUCGCCCAACGUCUCGAAGAGCAAGCCUGCGCAGUCAGCCACGACCGGUUCGGCGCCAGCAAGUUCAGCUCCGCCUGCAGCCGGCAGGAUGACGAAUGGGCACCACGACGGGUCGCUGGCGCCGCCUAGCCAGAAUCCGUACGGAGCCAGCUUGGCCCUCGCGAACGGCUACGUUGCGUCGGCGUCUCAACCUCCUUCUUUCUCGCCAUACUCUGCCCCGCCAAAGUCGCCGAGUCGACCACCAGCGAUGUCGCCGCCGUCGACGUACGCCGCUCCGCCGCCUGGUGCAGGCCAGCGACCGCCUGCAGAUCCUCCUCGCUUCUCCCCGCCAUCCGGCCCUUCCUUUGCCCCUUCGCCGAGCACGUCAGCCACUGCGCCGCCUGCACCAUCGCCGUACGCUUUCCCUCCUCCACUUGCCUCUCAGAAGUCGAGCUCGAACGCUCCUCUCGCUGCGUUGCGCCAGCCUCUCUUCCCCUCGUCUCUUCCAACGCCUUCCUCGACUCCGAGCUCGACGUCGCCCUCGAUCGGCGCAACCCGCAUCUCACCCAACCUCGCCCCGCCCAAGCUUCCCUCGCUCUCGCACCCACACCGGUCCCCGCCGCGCCAGUCGCCGAACGUGCCUGCCGCCCUCCCUCCGCUCUUCCCGCCCGCCUCCGUCCCAGGCGCGGCCAAGACGUCGCCCCUCCUUGCGCCGUUAGGCAAGACGGACGCAUCUGUCCCCGUUGGACCGGCAACUGGUUUGCCGCUACCGAGCUGGCUCAAGCCGCUCAACCCGCCGCAGGGAGGAGGAGGAGGCGGCGGACCGAACGGCGCAGGUCAGCCGAAGCUGCCGCACGAAGCGCGGGCGCAGCCCACGGGAUCGGUCAAUGGCGCAGGAGGAAAGCCGUACUGGGGCUGA